ACAAUUUCUUUGGCACAGUGGUGUAUUUAGCCUUUGUUUAGCUUGUUUAUUGUCGCUCAGAGAUGAUAACUUUUAUGUAUAAACCGAGCUGUUGUGUCUGGUUACCUUGAUAAUCUCUGACAGCUGUGAAGUAACGUUACGCUGCAUCGUUUAAGUGAAAUUACAUUUGGUUGGCAGUACGGACUUUAUACUUUAUUAAACCGCUGAACUCCAUCGCCGAAGGCAUGAAUAAACGAGAAGCUGAAGGAUGUGCACGGAAAAACGCUGACGCAGCGCAGGACCGUGAUAUGAGUGCCAACCCGUCCUCACCUGUCUUUGCUGCCUUUAAAGUUUUCCAGCAGGAGCUUGACACCAAACACGACAAAUAUGAGCGUCUGGUUAAGAUCAGUCGAGAUGUCACCAUUGAAAGCAAGAGGACGAUUUUUCUUUUACAUAGAGUGACCAGUGUACAAGAUCCAGAGGACAUUCUGAACGAGGCAGAUGUAAAACUGGACGGAGUGAGGCAGAAAAUUGGUCAAAUUGCCGAAGAGCUGAGAGGAGAGGACAUCCAUCAGUUUCACAGAGCUUUCACUCCAGGGGUCCAGGAGUACGUGGAGGCCGUCUCCUUCCAGCACUAUAUCCGUCACCGCAGCCUCAUCAGCCUGGAGGAGAUCAAUGCCAGACUGGUGUUCAUGAGAGCAGAGAAGAUAGAGCCUAAGGGCUCAGCUGAAACCCCGCCGCCGGGAGCUCAGGUUCUCACCUUCCAGGUGACGCCCUCAGACUACCUGCUCGGCGUGGCCGACUUGACCGGAGAGCUGAUGCGGAUGUGCAUUAGCAGCGUGGGCAACGGCGACAUUGACACGCCCUUCAAGCUGAGCCAGUUCCUGCGGCAGAUCCACGACGGUUUCUCCUACAUCGGGAACACGGGCCCUUACGAGGUGUCCAAGAAGCUGCACACGCUGCGACAGAGCCUGGGAAAAGUGGAGGACGCCUGCUACACCCUGCGCGUUCGUGGCUCAGAAAUCCCCAAACACAUGCUGGCCGACGUGUUCUCCAGCAGGAACACGCUCAUCGACCCCGAGGAAGGUGUCGUUUAAGUCCUGCUCGGCUUCAACAGCAUUGUGUUUUUUUUUCUCCAUGGUGUCAUUGUCUCCUCUAGUUUUGCUCCAGGUUCAUGUUCGUGUGUAUUCCUAAUGAGAUUUGGCUGAUGUUUGACAUGUUUCGUGACAUGCUUGUUAAUUUUGUUUUUAUUAUUACAAUAAAAACAGUGUUACAAUAGACAAUGGAUUUUUUUUUUUUCCUUGAUAAAGAUCGGAUGACUUCAGUUGUUUUGCAUGAAUAAAGGUUCUGUGCCAAGUA